AAAAAAGAAGGAAUGGAAAGCAAAAAUCAAGAAACAUGACAGCCUGUGGUAUCCUCAACCUAAACCACAUAUCUUCCACUUCUUGAAUCCAUUCCGCCAUGGAAUUGGAAGCUCAUAAUCAAAUCCAUGAACCCCAUUAAUGAUCCCAAAACAUUCCCACCUGCACCAGAAUCAUCUCCCAAUUCAAAAGGGUUUCAUCUUCCCACAAAAAAUAAUCAUUUUCUUGGCAGCCAUGGAAGCACCAGCAGAAGCAUCUUCAACCUGCAGGAGGAGAAUAACAAUAAUAACAAUAAUUAUAAUUACAAUAUCAACAAAAAGUACCCUUCUUCCCCUCCCGUCAAUUCCAAUUAUUACCACAAUUAUUCCCUUUGCACAGAGGGUUUGGGAUUCGAGAGCUCCGAUGACGUCGAGGGUUUGUUCGAAACCUGCGGCGAUGAUGAUAACGCCACGAGUCGUCUCCACAAUCAAUACGAUGAGGGAAGAGAUGGGUCGACAGAAAUUGCAGAGAUGGAGGAGGAAGAUGACGAGGAAGCUUCGAAGAGAGGUAAUGAAAAAUCGAGGGCUUCAUUUCCUCCCCCAAUUUCUUGUAUUGGCAGAAAUGGGAAGCCAUGGGUGAGCUUCAAAGCUUUCAGACAAGAAGGGAGAUUCAUUCUCAAGGAAAUUAGGGUUCCUACACAGGAGUUCUUGCAGGCCUGCCGCGAGAAUGGACGGCUCAGAUUGCAGUUUGUUCAAUCCGACGAUGAGGAUGACGAGGAGGAUGAACUUAGGGAAGACAGUAAUGGUGAACAAGAUCAUAAUGAAGGGGACAACCUACGAGUUGGGAAUUAAUUAAAUUGGAUUUUCCAUUUGAGAUUAUUGAAUCUUCAUCUUUUUAAUUAUUAAAUUCCCUUUUUUAUUUUUGUUUUCUUCAACAUCUGCGUAAUUUGUGUGUAAUUUUUCUGGAGGAAUUUCAGAUUAAUGAACAUGAAAUAGCCAGAAUUCAAUCAAUUGUACAGUUUCUAAGUUCUAUGAUCUUUUGUUAUUUAUUUAUUUAUUUU